GUUGUGUUGAACGUUUUUGGCGGAUUUUUUGACUUUAUUUAGCGAACGUUACGUAGCAACAGACGUUUCUAAACGGAUUAUUUUAUAUUUAUAGAACAUGGAAAGGUACGUAUUUAUUUGAAAGACGUCUCAAUAGGUCGUUGCAUCUAAUGUAUAGUUAGCAAUAAUUAAUUGUAAAUCCUCAGGCGAAUUCUAAGAGACUAGCUAGCUAACGUUAGCUAGUUGGCUAAAUUAGCUUUAGUUUAUGCUUUACAAGUCUAGUUAUUAAUUGUAUGUUGCCAAAGUGGAAUGUCCUUAGUUAAACAAUAUAGCUAGCAAACGUUAUCACAGGAAAUAAAUGAAGUAGCAAGUAACGUUAUUUGCAUGUGAAAGUGUCAUGAUGGUGUACAUUUGCCCCACUGAUGACUGAUGUUACUUUGCGUUUUUGAGAAUCACAUUUUAAAAUACCCAAAUGCGAGACGACAGGAUGAUUUUGCGGGACAGUGUAGUGUUAAUGUCACAUACGCAAGUACAGUGAAAUGCCUUUAUUGUAAGCUUUAACCCCAAUAUUAAAUUAAUCACAAUGUAAUACACCAUGUCUCAAACACGUAUAUUGUUAGGCAUACCUAAUUUAAAAAUAGUAUCACUGUCAAUCGUGAAUGAUAAUUAUUCACGUUACAUGGGAAUUUGGAUCUUCUUGAAACUAUACUGAACAAAAAUAUAAACGCAACAUGCAACCAUUUCAAAGGUUUAACUGAGUUACAGUUCAUAGAAGGAAAUCAGUUAAUUGAAAUAAAUUCAUUAGGCCCUAAUCUAUGGAUUUCACUUGACUGGGAAGGCCCACCAACUUGGGCGCCAGGUCCAACCACUGAGGAGCCAGGCCCAGCCAAUCACAAUGAGUUGUUCCACACAGACAAAAAUACUCCUGAGAUUAUCCUGGAUGUGAAGAAGCCGGAUGUGGAGGUCCUGGACUGGCAUGAGGCCGGUUGGAUGUACUGCCAAGUUCUCUAAAACAGCCUUGGAGGCGGCUUAUGGUAGAUAGAGAAAUUAGCAAUAAAUUCUCUGGCAACAGCUCUGGUGGACAUUCCUGCAUACAUCAUGCCAAUUGCACACUCCCUCAAAACUUGAGACAUCUGUGCCAUUGUGUUGUGUGACAAAACUGCACAUUUUAGAGUGGCCUUUUAUUGUCCCCAACACAAGGUCAUGCUGUUUAAUCAUCUUAUUGAGAUGCCAUACCUGUCAGGUGGAUGGAUUAUCUUGGCAAAGGAGAAAUGCUCACAAGCAGGGAUGUAAACAAAUUUGUGCACAAUUUUAGACAUAUUUUAUAUCAGCUCAUGAAAAAUGGGACCAACACUACAUGUUGCGUUUAUAUAUUUUUUCACUAUAUAUCGCCUUCCUGUAUUUAGUUUGAAUCAAAGCACAUUCUGGCCAGUGGCGCACACUGUUGAGUUUUGGCUGCAUUAUAUUUAUUUUUUUACUCUUCGGCUAGCGACUUAAAAUCUCAUAAGAAAAGAGGUGGUGUUUUUGGUGUAACAGUAACGCUAUACUAAAAAAUCGAAUCAAAUGUUUUUCGUCACAUGCAACGAAUACAACAAGUUUAGACCUUACAGUGAAAUGCUUACUUACAUGCCCCUAACCAAGAAAAAUAAGUGUUAAAUAAAAAAUAGAUAAGUAAAAAAAAUAAUGAAAGAGCAGCAGUAAAAUAACAGUAGCGAGGCUAUACGGGGGGGCAAUGCAAAUAGUCCGGGUAGCCGUUUGAUUAGCUGUUCAGGAGUCUUAUGGCUUGGGGGGGGUAGAAGCUGUUAAGAAGCCUUUUGGUCUUAGACUUGGUGCUCCGGUACCGCCUGCCGUGUGGUAGCAGAGAGAACAGUCUAUGACUAGGGUGGCUGGAGUCUUUGACCAUUUUUAGGGCCUUCCUCUGACACUGCCUUGUAAAGAGGUCCUGGAUGGCAGGAAGCUUGGCCCCAGUGAUGUACUGGGCCGUACGCGCUACCCUCUUUAGUGCCUUGUGGUCAGAGGCCUAGCAGUUGCCAUACCAGGCAGUGAUGCAGCCAUUCAGGAUGCUCUCGAUGGUGCAGCUGUAGAACUUUUUGAGGAUCCAUGCCAAAACUUUUCAGUCUCCUGAGGGGGAAUAGGCUUUGUCCUGUCCUCUUAACGACUGUCUUGGUGUGUUUGGACCAUGAUAGUUUGUUGGUGACACCAAGGAACUUGAAGCUCUCAACCUGCUCCACUACAGCCCCGUCGAUGAGAAUGGGGGCAUGCUCGGUCCUCUUCUUUUUCCUGUAGUCCACAAUCAUCUCCUUUGUCUUGAGCACAUUGAGGGAGAGGUUGUUGUCCUGGCACCACACGGCCAGGUCUCUGACCUCCUCCCUAUAGGCUGUCUCAUCGUUGUCUGUGAUCAGGCCUACCAAUGUUGUGUUGUCGGCAAACUUAAUGAUGGUGUUGGAGUCGUGCCUGGCCAUGCAGUCAUGGGUGAACAGGGAGUACAGGAGGGGACUGAGCAUGCACCCCUGAGGGCCCCCAUGUUGAGGAUCAGCGUGGCAGAUGUGUUGUUACCUACCCUUACCACCUGGGGGCAGCACGUCAGGAUGUCCAGGAUCCAGUUGCAGAGGGAGGUGUUUAGUCCCAGGGACAGCUUAGUGAUGAGCUUUGAGGGCACUAUGGUGUUGAACGCUGAGCUGUAGUCAAUGCAUAGCAUUCUCACGUAGGUGUUCCUUUUGUCCAGGUGGGGAAGGGCAGUGUGGAGUGCAAUAGAGAUUGCAUCAUCUGUGGAUCUGUUGGGGCGGUAUGCAAAUUGGAGUGGGUCUAGGGUUUCUGGGAUAAUGGUGUUGAUGUGAGCCAUGACCAGCCUUUCUAAGCACCUCAUGGCUACAGAUGUGAGUGCUACGGGUCUGUAGUGAUUUAGGGAGGUUACCUUAGUGUUCUUGCGCAGAGGGACUAUGGUGGUCUGCUUGAAACAUGUUGGUAUUACAGACUCAGUCAGGGACAGGUUGAAAAUGUCAGUGAAGACACUUGCCAGUUGGUCAGUGCAUGCUCGGAGUACACGUCCUGGUAAUCUGUCUGGCCCUGCGGGCUUGUGAAUGUUGACCUGUUUAAAUGUCUUACUCACAUCGGCUACGGAGAGCGUGAUCACACAGUCGUCCGGAAGAGCUGAUGCUCUCAUGCAUGUUUCAGUGUUGCUUGUCUCGAAGCGAGCAUAGAAGUAAUUUAGCUUGUCUGGUAGGCUCGUGUCACUGGGCAGCUCACGGCUGUGCUUCCCUUUGCAGUCUAUAAUAGUUUGCUGGCCCUGCCACAUCCGACGAGUGUCAGAGCCGGUGUAGUACGAUUCAAUCUUAGUCCUGUUUUGACGCUUUGCCUGUUUGAUGGUUCGUCGGAGGGCAUAGCGGGAUUUCUUAUAUGCGUCCGGGUUAGAGUCAUUUACAUUUUACAUUUACAUAAUUUAGCAGACGCUCUUAUCCAGAGCGACUUACAAAUUGGUGCAUUCAACUUAUGAUAGCAAGUGGGACAACCACUUUUUUUUUUUUUUUUUUUUUUAUGGGGGGUGGGGGAGGGGGGGGGUAUAAGGAUUACUUUAUACUAUUCCAGGUAUUCCUUAAAGAGGUAGGGUUUCAAGUGUCUCCGGAAGGUGGUCAGUGACUCCGCUGUCCUGGCGUCGUGGGGGAGCUUGUUACACCAUUGGGGUGCCAGAGCAGCAAAUAGCUUUGACUGGGCUGAGCGGGAACUGUGCUUCUGUAGAGGUAGGGGAGCUAGCAGGCCAGAGGUGGAUGAACGUAGUGCCCUCGUUUGGGUGUAGUGUCUGAUCAGAGCCUGAAGGUAAGGAGGUGCCGUUCCCCUCACAGCUCCGUAGGCAAGCACCAUGGUCUUGUAGUAGAUGCGAGCCUCAACUGGAAGCCAGUGGAUUGUGCGGAGGAGCGGGGUGACAUGAGAGAACUUGGGAAGGUCGAACACCAGACGGGCUGUGGCGUUGUGGAUGAGUUGUAGGGGUUUAAUGGCACAGGCAGGGAGCCCAGCCAACAGCGAGUUGCAGUAAUCCAGACAGGAGAUGACAAGUGCCUGGAUUAGGACCUGUGCCGCUUUCUGUGUAAGGUAGGGUCGUACUCUGUGAAUGUUGUAGAGCAUGAACCUGCAGGAUCGGGUCACCGCUUUGAUGUUAGCAGAGAACGCCAAGGCUCUUUGCACUCUGGGAGGAGGACACAAUGGAGUUGUCAACCGUGAUGGCGAGAUCAUAGAGCGGGCAGUCCUUCCCAGGGAGGAAGAGCAGCUCCGUCUUGCCGAGGUUCAGCUUGAGGUGGUGAUCCGACAUCCACACUGAUAUGUCUGCCAGACAUGCAGAGAUGCGAUUCGCCACCUGGUUAUCAGAAGGGGGAAGGAGAAAAUUAAUUGUGUGUCAUCUGCGUAGCAAUGAUAGGAGAGACCAUGUGAGGAUAUGACAGAGCCAAGUGACUUGGUGUACAGAGAGAAUAGGAAAGGGCCUAGAACUGAGCCCUGGGUGACACCAGUGGUGAGAGCACAUGGUGCGGAGACAGAUUCUCGCCACGCCACCUGGUAGGAGCGACCUGUCAGGUAGGACGCAAUCCAAGAGUGAGCAGCACCGGAGAAGCCGAACUCGGAGAGGGUGGAGAGGAGGAUCUGAUGGUUCACAGUAUCAAAGGCAGCGGAUAGGUCUAGAAGGAUAAGAGCAGAGGAGAGAGAGUUAGCUUUAGCAGUGCAGAGAGCCUCCGUGACACAGAGAAGAGCAGUCUCAGUUGAAUGACCAGUCUUGAAACCUGACUGGUUUGGAUCAAGAAGGUCAUUCUGAGAGAGAUAGCAGGAGAGUUGGCUAGAGACGGCAGGCUCAAGAGUUUUGGAGAGAAAAGAAAGAAGGGAUACUGGUCUGUAGUUGUUGACAUCGGAGGGAUCGAGUGUAGGUUUGAGGAGGGGUGCAACUCUCGCUCUCUUGAAGACGGAAGGGACAUGGCCAGCGGUCAAGGAUGAGUUGAUGAGCGAGGUGAGGUAAGGGAGAAGGUCUCCGGAAAUGGUCUGGAGAAUAGAGGAGGGGAUAGGGUCAAGCGGGCAGGUUGUUGGGCGGCCGGCCGUCACAAGUCGCAAGAUUUCAUCUGGAGAGAGAGGGGAGAAAGAAGUCAAAGCAUAGGGUAGGGCAGUGUGAGCAGGACCAGCGGUGUCAUUUGACUUAAUAAAUGAGGAUCGGAUGUCGUCAACCUUCUUUUCAAAAUGGUUGACGAAGUCAUCCACAGAGAGGGAGGGGGAGGAGGAGGAGGAUUCAGCAGGGAGGAGAAGGUGGCAAAGAGCUUCUUAGGGUUAGAGGCAGAGGCUUGAAAUUUAGAGUGGUAGAAAGUGGCUUUAGCAGCGGAAACAGAGGAAGAAAAUGUAGAGAGGAGGGAGUGAAAAGAUGCCAGGUCCGCAGGGAGUCUAGUUUUCCUCCAUUUCCGCUCGGCUGCCCGGAGCCCUCUUCUGUGAGUUUGCAAUAAUCGUCAAGCCACGGAGCAGGAGGGGAGGACCAAGCCGGCCGGGAGGAUAGGGGACAUAGAGAGUCCCUCUCCUUGAAAGCAGCAGCUCUACCCUUUAGCUCAGUGCGGAUGUUGCCUGUAAUCCAUGGCUUCUGGUUGGGGUAUGUACGGUCAAUGUGGGGACGACGUCAUCAAUGCACUUAUUGAUGAAGCCAGUGACUGAUGUGGUGUACUCCUCAAUGCCAUCGGAAGAAUCCAGGAACAUGUUCCAGUCUGUGCUAGCAAAACAGUCCUGUAGCUUAACAUCUGCUUCAUCUGACCACUUUUUGAUUGACCAAGUCACUGGUGCUUCCUGCUUUAGUUUUUGCUUGUAAGCAGGAAUCAGGAAGAUAGAAUUAUGGUCAGAUUUGCCAAAUGGAGGGCGAGGUAGAGCUUUGUAUGCGUCUCUGUGUAAAGGUGGCCACAAAAAAACAGAACUCAUCAUGAGCGGCAUUAGUGGCUCGUGGGUCUGUGUACCCUCCUUGCGAGCUAAAAGCACAAUUUUGCCAUAGGUUAGAGGCACUUGUUUGCCGUUUUUAAUAUGAUAACUGAUGAUCAGUGGGCCCCACCCGGGUCGGUAAUUGGACCAUGCUUACUACAAGUUUAGAUAGCUGGCCGCUAGACUAACCUACCAAUCUAAAAAUGUUUUGCUGACAUGGGCUAAUUGAGUGACUGCUGAUGCACAACCACAUUUAGAAACUGCACCUUGUGUAUUCUAUUCUAACUCUCAACAGUAAGUUGAGAACCCGACUGAGCCCCCCUCCCCCAAAUAUUAUGAUAUAUUUUUUAUAAACUGGUCCUACAAAGGGGGGUCGCCAGUUGCCCAUGCCUGAUCUGAAUCAAUGUCAUAUGAUUAAUCAAAAUUAAAAUGAUACAAAUCUAUAAGUAACUUCUAUUGCCAUUGCCAAUAUGUAAAAAUAGCCUACAUAAAGCCAACAAAUAAAAACGUUUGUCAUUCUCAGUGGAUGUAAAAACAGACUUGUCCACUCCUACAAUGACAACGGUAAGACUGUAAUAAUAAUAUAUUGAAAUCAUUAACAGAAAUUACCAUAACCAAACCAACAUUGUAGAUGAUAAAUGAUGGUAAUUAAGAGUAAAUAUACUACUGGUGAUACAUGUGUGCCACCCCCGCGGUCUCCACAAUGGAUUGGUCCACUCAGACAGGCGUGAAUCAGACAGGUUCCAUAACAUUUUUUAAAAAUCUAUAUUUGCCACUGCUGGACAAAAAUAAUCUCAGUCGACCAAUCAAUCGACCAGUCGACUAAAUGGGGUCAGCCCUAAUACAUUUUACGGACACAGUAUAUUUUACAUGAGUUACCUUUGUAAUUUUUAGUCCCACCCUUCAGCUCCACUCACCCCUUCCCAUUUAUCUCUGAACCACACGAUCCAAUUUCUAUUUGCCAUAUAUUUUUCAACUGUACUGCGAUGUUUCACAAAGGUUCUGAACCUUUCUAUUCUCAUAGUGUCUACAGAUUGUAAAUUAAAGGAACAUUUUUAAUAAGAGUAUUAUUAUAUUAUUAAUCGAUUGACUAUGACUAUCUUAUCUAUUUUUGCUAACUUUCUAUUAACAUUAAUUGUAGUGAGAUCUUUUUCUUUCAGGAUAAUGAAUAGGACAUGAUUGUUUGGUUGGGGGACAAAGGGCCAAAAUGAGGGACAUGUGGUCACCCUAGUUAGUGGUGGUCCGCCCCACUUCCUGUUAGUAUCCCCAUCUUUCAUUGUUCAUGUGAAGACAUUUGCAGUUAGCUGGCUGGUAUACAAGUUGGGGAACAUUUGCUAGACUAUUUGAACAUUAACUGGCCUGGCUAUCCAUGUAUAGCCUACAUGUAUUUAGCUGGCUAUGUCUUUUAUUCAUUCUCUUUCACCAGAUCCAGGAUGAGCCGAGCAUCCAGCAGUAGGCUCUCUGAGCUCCCGCAAAGAGUUGAAAGCAACAGAAUGAGCAUGGUUUAUGCAACACCGCAGAGGUAAGUUGGCAAACGAACAUAAAUGGAAGUUGCUUUAACAGCCUGUCAUACAUUUCGGAUAUGUAUUUGCUAUUACAAUGAGCAUAUCAAUAUUUGUUCCCAGCAAACAACCAUCCUUCGGAAAGUUGAACAUUCCUAAACCCCAAUCUGUCUCAUCCGAGAGAAGAACCAGCUUCUUUGGUAGUCGGUAAGGUCCCUGCACUGAAGAAAAGACUGUUAAACACCUAGUUCUCUAUCACUGUCACCAUGCCAGACAAAGACUAUUCCUGUUAGUGAAACUAUAUGAUUGGGAGCCAUUUCACACUGCCAGUCAUUUUACACACAGCAAAGGCUAAAUGCGGUUCCCAACUCCAGUCCUCGAGUACCCCCAACAGUGCACAUUUUUAUUGUAGCUCCGGACAAGCGCACCGGACAUGUUCACACGGCAGGCCUUAAUGCUCUAAUCAGUUUUGUUUUUCAAAUCUGUUUUGACUGUCCAAACAGCAAGUUAAAAGUGACCAAAUCGGUUUUGUGUGGGUUCAGACAGCCACCAUUUGCUGACAUGGCUAUGCUAGUUGUCAUAGUAACAGUGGUUGUGUGCAGUGGUGUCGGCUGAUUGGUGGUGGCGCUCAUGCUUCCUAUCACUAAGAAGUUAUAUAGCAGGCUAAGGUGACAAGAAUGCCUGCCAUGGUUGUUUCCUAGUUGCUUUGAAUGUUCAAAAUCAUAGUGUAAGAACACUUUUUUAAAGCCUCAAAGGACAAGGUGAUCCAACUUUCAAAACAAGUCCUUUUUGGCUAGCCAUGGCGUUCAACCAGCUAGUUAGGUAGCUGUUUAGCUUUCUAGCACAUUCACUAAUUUGUUUGUAAAGAAUUAAGCUAGUUAGCUACCACAUGUUCUUGUCAAAACUGUCAACAGACUAGGUAGCAAAUUACAAAAUAACAGUCUAAAAACCACUUGAGGGCAUGGUCAGGAAUCAGAUUUGUGGCUUGAAAUGUCUAAAUCCAUGUGCUUUUUGGCUGUUCAGACUGCAGGAAAAAUAACAGAUUCUAAUCAGAUAUGUCAAAAAAAUUGUAUUUGAAUCACUUCAAACUCCCAAUGUGAACAAGGCUUAAGUCGUACCAUAAAUGCUGAUGAACUCCUUUCAGGACCAGUGGGGCUGGCAUGGCUCGCAACAGCACCUUUGGAGCCUUUGGAGGUGCAGAGAAGAUGAAGGAUCCCCGGCCCUUACACGAUAAGGCCUAUGUUCAGCAGUGCAUCAGACAGUUGUGUGAGGUAUAGAUGGACUCCUAAUAGACACAGGUUUUUAAAACAGAAUCUCACUGAACUUUUAAGUCUUUCAAGACCGGGCCCAAUAUUUAUAAAGCAUCUCGGAUUAGGAGUGCUGAUUUAGGAUCAGUUUUGUCACUUUUACAUCCUCAUGAAUUAGAUUAUAUGAACGGGGGGGGGGGGGGGUCUGAUCCUAGAUCAGAACUCCUUCACUGAGACACUUUGUACGGCCAUUUCCCUUGUUCUCCUCCAGUUUCUGUCAGAGAAGGGCUUUCCAGGUUCAAUGUCGGUCAAGUCUCUCCAGUCGCCCUCCACCAAGGAGUUCCUAAAGAUCUUUGAGUUCAUCUACUGCCUCCUGGACCCCACCUUCCAGAUGCCCACCUCCAAAGUGGAGGAGGAGGUCCCCAGGAUUCUCAAAGACUUGGGGUAAAUGAGCUCAUUCUGCCAUACAUGUUAAAAAUGGUCUGUGUCCCAAAUGGCAUCCCUAUGGGCCCUGGCCCAAAGUAGUGCACUAUAUAGAGAAGAGGGUGCUAUUUGGGACACAGAUAUGAUCAUUUGCUGUUUGCAUCUUGUUUUUGCACGCUGGCCCGUUCCUCGUUCUAGUAUACUGACUGUAUAUUUCUGAUUGCAGGUAUCCAUUUGCGCUCUCCAAAAGUUCCAUGUACUCUGUUGGGGCACCACAUACCUGGCCACAGGUCUUGGGGGCUGUUGUCUGGCUCAUCGAUACUGUGAAGGUGGGUAUUAGUACAGCAGAAUACUACCUAAUCUCUAAACUCAUUAAUAACCUUACCUGUCUACAUGAAGGUUUGAAUAAUGAUUUCCAUUAGUCGACAGCCAUGGCGACCGCUAGUCUUACUGGGCUUCGACAUUAACAAAAUACUUUACAAUUUACAUACAUUAAAAAACAUUAACAUGUGUGUGCAUCUAUCGGUUACACAUACAUGUCAGUACAUACACACAAAGGUAGGUCACAUGGGGGAGAGGCGUUUUGCUGUGAUUUUAUUUGUUUUUUGAAACCAGGUUUGUUGUUCACUUGCGCUGUAUGAGAUGGAAGGGAGUUCCAUGCAACCAUGGCUCUGUAUAAUACUGAAUGUUUCCUUGAAUUUGUUCUGGUUAUUGUUUUACAGAUCUUUUGCUGUAUGAGUGAACAGGACCUGCUCUUUGCUGAUUUCUCUGACGGAAGCACCGAGAUUGAGGAGGGGGUUGAGUUCAACAAGGUACAGAGCCAAUUUACUCACAACAAAACCAUUUAGGAUGUUAGGCCUCUAUUUGACCCUGUACUUUCCCCUCCGUUUCUAGCUCUUUCUGGACUACACUGCUGAAACCUACAAUAAGUUCAUGCAAGGAGCGGAUACGUUUGAAGAAGAGGAUGCAGAGUAUCUUGCUAAACUAAGUAAGCAGUGACGACAAAGUCAUUAUUUCUCAUUGUUUUUAAUUUUGAGUUGUGCCUUUUCCUUCCAAAUGAACAUAUACAAAUAAUCAUAUAACCAGCAACAAGCGCAUGAACGGCAACUUAUUUCUACAGAGAGACUUUACAACGUUGACGAAGCGCUUCUCGCGUCCAUGGAGGAGAAGUACAGGAUACUGAGGGAUGAGGUUGAGCGACUGGAGAAAGAAAGCCAAACGGUUAGUCCUUUGAAUCUAAGGACUAUAUAUACAGUGAAUUCGGAAAGUAUUCAGACCACUUGACUUUUUCCACCAUUUACAGCCUUCUUCUAAAAUAGAUUAAAUGGUUUUUUUCCUCAUCAAUCUACACAUUAUACCCCAUAAUGGCAAAGCAAACAGGUUUUUAUAUAUUUUUGCAAAUGUAUUACAAAUAAACUGAAAUAUCACAUUUACAUAAGUAUUCAGACCCUUUACUCAGUACUUUGUUGAAGCACCUUUGGCAGCGAUUACAGCCUUGAGUCUACUUGGGUAUGACGCUACAAGCUUGGCACAUCUGUACAGUGGCGUGUAUUACUAUUCACCCCCCCCCCCCCUCCCCCCAAAGUCAAUACUUUUAGAGCCACCUUUUGCAGCAAUUACAGCUGCAAGUCUCUUGGGGUAUGUCUCUAUAAGCUUGGCACAUCUAGCCACUGGGAUUUUUGCCCAUUCUUCAAGGCAAAACUGCUCUCUGGAAGACUGAAACAGGUUUCCCUCAAGAAUAUCCCUGUAUUUAGCACCAUCCAUCAUUCCUUCAAUUCUAACCAGUUUCCCAGUCCCUGCCGAUGAUGUUCUCGGGGUGAUGAGAGGUGUUGGGUUUGUGCCAGACAUAGCGUUUUCCUUGAUGGCAAAAAAGCUAAAUUUUAGUCUCAUCUGACCAGAGUAGCUUCUUCCAUAUGUUUGGGGAGUCUCCCACAUGCCUUUUGGCGAACACCAAACGUGUUUGCUUGUUUUCUUCUUUAAGCAAUGGCUUUUUUCUGGCCACUCUUCCGUGAAGCCCAGCUCUGUGGAGUGUACCGCUCAAAGUGGUCCUAUGGACAGAUACUCCAAUCUCCGCUGUGGAGCUUUGCAGCUCCUUCAGGGUUAUCUUUGGUCACUUUGUUGCCUCUGAUUAAUGCCCUCCUUGCCUGGUCCGUGAGGUUUGGUGGGCGACCCUCUCUUGGCAGGUUUGUUGUGGUGCCAUAUUCUUUCCAUGUUUGAAUAAUGGAUUUAGUGGUGCUCCGUGGGAUGUUCAAAGUUGAGGAUAUUGUUUUGUAACCCAACCCUGAUCUGUACUUCUCCACAACUUUGUCCCUGACCUGUUUGGAGAGCUCCUUGGUCUUCAUGGUGCCACUUGCUUAGUGGUGUUGCAGACUCUGGGGCCUUUCAGAACAGGUUUAUAUAUACUGAGAUCAUGUGACAGAUCAUAUGACACUUAGAUUGCACAUAGGUGGACUUUAUUUUAAUAAUUAUGUGACUUCUGAAGGUAAUUGGUUGCACCAGAUCUUAUUUAGUGUCUUCAUAGCAAAGGGGGUGAAUACAUAUGCACACACCACUUUUCUGUUAAUUAUUUCUUAUAAUUUUUUUGAAACAAGUUAUUUUUUUCAUUUCACUUCACCAAUUUGGACUAUUUUGUGUAUGUCCAUUACAUGGAAUCCCCAAAAAAAUCCAUUUAAAUUACAGGUUGUAAUGCAGCAAAAUAGGAACAACGCCAAGGGAAAUGAAUAAUUUUGCAAGCCACUGUAUUUGGGAAGAUUCUCCCAUUCUUCUCUGCAGAUCUUUUUUGUGUAUAGGUGGUCCUCUGUAGCUCAGCUGGUAGAGCACGGCGCUUGUAACGCCAAGGUAGUGGGUUCGAUCCCCGGGACCACCCAUACACAAAAAAAAAUAAAAAAUGUAUGCACGCAUGACUGUAAGUCGCUUUGGAUAAAAGCGUCUGCUAAAUGGCAUAUUUAUUUAUUUAUUUAUUUAUCUUCUCAAGCUCUGUUAGGUUGGAUGGGGAGUGUCACUGCACAGCUAUUUUCAGGUCUCUCCAGAGAUGUUAAAUCGGGUUCAUGUCCGGGCUCUGGCUGGGCCACUCAAGGACAUUCAGAGACUUGUUCCGAAGCCACUCCUGCGUUGACUUGGCUGUGUGCUUAGAGUUGUUGUCCUUUUGGAAGGUGAACCUUCACCCCAUUCUGAGGUCCUGAGCGUUCUGGAGCAGAUUUUCAUCAAGGAUCUCUCUGUACUUUUCUCCGUUCAUCUUUCCCUCGAUCCUGACUAGUCUCCCAGUCCCUGCCGCUGAAAAACAUCCCCACAGCAUCAUGCUGCCACCACCAUGCUUCACCGUAGGGAUGUUGCCAGGUUUCCUCCAGAUGUGACGCUUGGCAUUCAGGCCAAAGAGUUGAAUCUUGUUUUCAUCAGACCAGAGAAUCUUGUUUUUCAUGGUCUGAGAGUCCUUUAGGUGCCUUUUGGCAAACUCCAAGCGGGCUGUCAUGUGCCUUUUACUGAGGAGUGGCUUCCGUCUGGCCACUUUGCCAUAAAGGCCUGAUUGGUGGAGUGCUGCAGAGGUGGUGUCCUUCUGGUAGGUUCUCCCAUCUCCUCAGAGGAACUUUGGAGCUCUGUCAGAGUGACUAUCGGGUUCUUGGUCACCUCCCUGGCCGAGGCCCUUCUCCCCCGAUUGCUCAGUUUGGCCGACUAUCGGGUUCUUGGUCACCUCCCUGGCCGAGGCCCUUCUCCCCCGAUUGCUCAGUUUGGCCGGGCGGCCAGCUCUAGGAAGAGUCUUGGUGGUUCCAAACUUCUUCCAUUUAAGAAUGAUGGAGGCCACUGUGUUCUUGGGGCCCUUCAAUGCUGCAGAAAUGUUUUGGUACCCUUCCCCAGAUCUGUGCCACGACGCAAUCCUGUCUCGGAGCUCUACGGACAAUACCUUCGACCACAUUGCUUGGUAUUUGCCCUGACAUGCUCUGUGAACUGUGGGACCUUAUAUAGACAUGUGUGUGCCUUUCCAAAUCAUGUCCAAUCAAUGGAAUUUACCACAGGUGGACUCCAAUCAAGUUGUAGAAACAUCUCAAGGAUGAUCAAUGGAAACAGGAUGCAACUGAGCUCAAUUUCGAGUCAUAGCAAAGGGUCUGAAUACUUAUGUAAAUAAGGUAUUUCUGUUUUUUAUAUUUAAUAAAUGUGCAAACAUUAAAAUAAAAACAAAUAUAAAAUAAAAUAUAUUUGUCAUUAUGGAGUAUUGUGUGUAGAUUGAUGAGAAAUAACGUAACGUAACAAAAUAUGGAAAAGGUUAAGGGGUCUGAAUACUUUCCGAAUGCAUUGUAUUCACAGAUUUGUCCAUGUACUGCGCUGAUUAUUGAACACAUCUCACCUAGUUUAAGCAGUUGAUGAGUCGUGAGAGUGCCAAUUACGUUUGAACGUAGCCGUUUGGUUCACUAUAUAUUGUAACCAUUUUAUUCCCUUUCGAGCAGGACCGAUUGAUGGUCAAAAGAACAGAGAAAGUCAAACUUCAGACAGACCUGCAGAAACUGCAGAGUUAUCGAAGUAACCUGGAGUCUUUCAAAGCCAACCUGGAGAACAAAGCCUCUGGAUUGGCCGAGGAGCUGGAAUCAUCAGGUAAAACAACAUUUCCAAGACCAAUCAUUGCUACUCUCAUGACUUGGCUGGGCUAGCGGUAAUGCUGCGACCUUCAGGACUAAUUUCUCUUUCUACAGUGUCUGCAUAUGUGGUCUACUACCAUUUGACACAACAUCUCUCUAUCUGUCCCCACUGUCAUCCUCUCAUACUAUCUGUUCAAAUGAAAUCUGAAAAUCCCUUAAAAUAUACAUUUUUAAAAUUACUGCUCUCCUGGAAAUGCUGAAAUGUUAACAUAACCCACACUGCCCUUUUUUGUCCUGUGUAGGACUGCAGGUGGAGACCCUAAAACAGGAGGAGUCCCGGCUCCAACACAUCUUGUCCACCCAGAAGUUCACCCCCGCAGACAUUGAGAGGAUCAACUGGGAGAAGAGGGAACUGCAGCAGACCAUCAACAGCCUGAGCAAGAGCCUGGAGCAGGCCGAGCAGCACAUGUGGAACGAGGAGAUCACUCUGGCCAAGGUCAAAGAGACGGUAAGAGAAUAGGAUGCUGGCCUGAUACGACUGCAUUCUAUACUCAUCUGUUGACUAAAUAAAGGUUAAAUCAUAUGUAUAAAUGUGACAUAAAUAAGGUUCGAUAAGUAUUUUAAAAAUGACUAGCUGGUGAUCAGCCUGUGCUGAAACUGUCUUCUCAGUCUAAACCACUGCUAAUGAAAAGGGGAAAAAAAUCUCCCUCUGUUUUAGGCCGAAGUGAAGCUAGCCGAUUACCACAAGCUUGCCCGCAAACUGAAGCUCAUCCCUGUGUCUGCUGAAAACGCGUGCGGCCACGACUUUGAGAUCAGGACCUCCACAGAAUAUGGACCGUCCACCAUGGUUCAAUGCAGAACUCAGAUUCAAGUAUGCCGAUUUAGUUCUCAUCGAACAAUCGCUUUAUUACCACAGGUGUGUGUCGUAUUUGGACUCAUUCUGUGGCUUGUUCUCUACAGCAACCACUGAGGAAACUGAUCACUGAUGUGGAAGAGGAGUGUAGUCGACUGACAGACAUGAAACUAAGCCUGGAGGAGUCGAUAGAACAGGUGCCGAGUCAUUUCAGUGUGUUUCUUAUAAGUCUGAAGGUUUUGUCCCAUUUUUGGGGUGCUUUUUAACAUGGACUCUUUCUCUUUCAGGUGAAUUCCAAUAUUUCCGAAAAAGCAAAUGACUUGAAACAACUCAGAGAGCAAAUCCGCAGGCUCGACGAGCAGCUCGAACAAGACAUGCAGGUGAGUGUUAGACUUUCAAUAAUACAAAUGUUUGGUUAUUGUAUACAGAAAGCCCCUCUGAAAUAUUGUUACACACAGGCUAGUCAUUUAUUGGUAAGAAAGUGCUGUCAAAAUGAAUCAUUGGUGUCAUCAUUGGUCCAUCUAAGGUUUUCCUAGAGAGCUCAUUAUCUUAUGAGGACCACAAUGGAAACAACUUUUCUUGUUAUCCUCAAUUAUUUUAACUGCAUUGUAUCCACAUCCGCGGUUUAAUAAUUUGUCAAUUAAAUCAAAUACAAAAAAAGACUUCCCUCUCUCCAUGGUGUGUGUGUGUAGGACAUUGCCCAUGAGGAGCAGAAGUGGUCUGCUGAGAUGGAGUCUGUGGAGAACCACCGCAAGCUGCUGGAGAAGAAGGUGACCCUGGGCUAUGACGAGGCUGUGGAGCAGCUGAAAGCUGCACAGCAACAGUGAGUAGUGCACCUCCUACCAAUUCCUUUGGACCCAAUCACAAUGGUGAGGGGUACAGGGCUGAGUUGUACGUUUUAUUGUCACGUGCACAAGUACAGUGAAAUGCCUUUCUUGCAAGCUCUUUCCCAACAUUGCAGUAAUCAAUAUCAGUAGUAAAAAAUAUUAUACUAAAAUAAAGUAGAGAAAUAGAAAUAUGAAUAACAGGAGAAAGUAAGUAAUCUACUGUAUAUCCAGGGUCAGUGCCAAUACCAUAUUUCCAAUGUGCAGGGAUACUGGAGUGGUAUUUAUAGGGGUAAGGUGACUAGGCAUCAGGAUGUGUGUGUGUUGGGAGUGUGUAGAGUCCUGUGAGGUAGAUAGAUAGAUAGAUAGAUAGAUAGUCUGUGUAGCCUUCUUGGUAUCUCUUUAGCAGUCUUAUGGCUUAUGGAAGCUGUUGAGGAGCCUAUUGGUGUCAGACCUGUUGCUCCAGUACCGCUUGCAGUGCGGUAGCAGAGAAGUCUAUGGCUUGGAUGGCUGGAGUCUUUAACACCACCUGGGAUAGAGGUCCUGGAUGGCAUGGAGCUCAGCCCCAGUGAUGUACUGGGCUGUCUGCUCCAUCUUCUGUAGCGCCAUGAGAUCGAGGGUGGUGCUGUUGCCGUACCAAGCGGUGAUGCAGCCAGUCAAGAUGCUCUCAAUGGUGCAGCUGUAUAACUUUUUGAGGAUUUGAGGGCCGACGCUAUCUUCUCAACCUACUGAGGGGGAAGAGGCUGUCGUGCCUUCUUCACGACUGUGUGUGUGGACCAUUUUAAGUCCUUAGUCAUUUGGAUCCAGAGGAACUUGAAGCUCUCGACCCGCUUCGCUAUGGUGAGAGGUACAGGGCUAAGUCCCUUCGCUUGAUGUGUGUAUGGUUCCGGGAUUGAAAGUUGAACCUAUUUUAACCGCUCAGCUGGACGUAGGGAGUAGCCAUUUAGUGGACGUAGCCAAUUAGUUAAGAGCAACUUCUUCCUCAAUUUAAAAACAAAAGCUUGAUUGGUGCAAUGCCACUGUUGUGUGUGUCAUGUGAAACCCACAAAAGGGGGUUUACAUACUUACGCAGGAUCGCAGUGACAUCAUCAAAGGCAGACACUCCGCAUUAAAAAGAUGGAUUGGGGGUUGACUAGCGUCCUGUCAAGGGGGUGUACUUUUACAUCAAGCUGGCACACACUACAGAAACAGGAGAUAUGCUCCUGCCCUAUGAGCCGUUCUGGGUCGGACAAUGCUACAAUAUUUGCGUAUGGUAUGUUCCGGGCUUAACAAUUAUUUCAGAACCACAUGAAGUUUGUUCAUAGCUAAAAAUAGACCUCCCCCCACCACAGUAUUUAUGUCAUUGUACUCCACAGGUACCAUCUUGUCCUGCAAGAAACCAAUGAGGAGCGGCGGACUGUGGUUAAUAACCUUGCCAGUGUGUUCACCACGGCUGCCAACCACCUGUCCAUUGUGGAGGUCAGUCUACAUAUUGCCUCUAACCUGUCGUUCACAAAGCAACAGGUCUCGUGCACAUCUCGCCUUUAUUUAUGAAUGUAUUUUGUCCAUUGCCAUGAUAUUCCCUUUUACAAUUACAACUUGAUUUGACAAUGACUGUCUGAGCCUGAAUUUCACAUUUUGAUCAUUUCCAGAAAUUCUUGGAGGAUCAACACAAGCGAGUAGACAGGGUGUACACGGAAGCCUUCCGGGAGGACGAGGUGGACAUUCAGAAGUUGAAGGACAUGAUGGAGAGCCUUCCAGACAGGGGACAUUUCGCGUUAGGCAUGAUGAGCUCCAUAGCUCAAAACUCUUUCCGGGUUAUCAAUAAGUUGGCAACAUCGCAGUGGGCAAAACUUUUUUGAUUGACGAUUACAACAUGAACAAUCCAGGGGCAAACUGUUUAAGACGUUGUUCACGAAACAGUGAAAUAGUUGUGCAACAGAACAUUGACUUGUGACAACAGAAACUAUGUAAGCGUUGUGAAAGAAACUAGUUGGAAAGAACUAGUUGGAACGAUGCAUUGAAUACUUGUGUCACAGAUUGUCUGUGG